UAUUGUGAUGGGGUCGACUGUAUAAGGUAUCGUUGCUGACUGUAUGACGUGUCUGUUUCAGAAAUGGCAGCAGAACUCCCACAUAAAAAUUUCAAACUGGUCACCCCCGAUCUCCUUGACGAGAAGAGUUUUUCACCUGGUGAUGACGCCAGACUCCGCUGUCACCUCUCUCCUGAAAUCAGCACUGUUGCCAUGGAGAUCAGGCGGUUUAAGGAGGCGGACUGCAUCUACCUGUACAAGUGGGGAUAUGAGGCCAUGCGAGAGGGCUACGAGGGGAGAGUGAGUUUGGACCCCCUCGAGCUGCAGGCAGGAGACGUAUCUCUGAAACUGAAGGGGGUUAGAGAGGGAGACAGGGGAGGGUACACAUGCCAGAGACUGAAGCUCCCGCCAGAUCUAAUAUGCGUGGUUUAA